CUCAAGUUGGAGAUCAGUCUCCUACGAACAGUGCUAGUGCAAGCAGGGAGGCUUUUCUGUCAGUGAACCAUCUCCGCGUUACCAUCUUCCGUGGAUUACGUUGUGCGUGAGCAUGGAUAACGUUAUUAAAACUACACAAAGAUAACAACGAAUUCACUAAGAUCACGGUCGGUUAGUGUCCUGUGGAUAAGUGCGUCUUCAACAAAAAUUUUUACCGGUUAAAAAAAUUUGUGUGAAGUGCAGUGUGAGACGCUACCGCGAAAUUUUGGUGAUGUGUGGUGAAAUAAAUAGUUGUGUUUUAUCAAUGAUGGCUAGACGUGGCUCGUAGCAGCUAAACGGUCAUCAUUAAAAAGUGUUCAUCUGAUAAUUAUUUUACCUUCGACUAAGAUAAAGUGAUAAUUUACCUACCAAAAAUGAAGUGGAUAUCUUCUUCUCUAGUCUUCUUAUUGGCGAUACUCAAUCAAGCCAGCAGCUCGGGAGUGUUCGAACUGCGGCUGAAGUCGUUCACGAACGAACAGGGUCGCGACAGUGUCGGUCAGUGUUGUUCGGGCGAGCGUAGCGAGCCAUGCCGCGGUCCUUGCCGCACGAGGUUUCGCGUCUGCCUCAAGCACUACCAGGUGAAGAUAGACACCACGUCGCCUUGCACGUUCGGUGACGUCAUCACGCCCGUGCUUGGCGACAACAGUGUGCACCUGGCCAACGCUAACGCCAAUGCCAACCCCGGAUUCAACAACCCCAUCCGGUUUCCGUUCGACUUUGCCUGGCCCGGCACGUUUUCACUCAUUGUUGAAGCCUGGCACGACAAUAACAAUACUAGUACGACAGCUGGAAGCAAAACUUUGAUCUCAAGACUGACGACGCAACGCUGGCUGGAUGUCGGUGACGACUGGACGGAGGACGAGCACAAGUCUUCGCAUUCGGACAUGCGCUACGAAUACAGAGUUACCUGCGACUCGCACUACUACGGCUCUGGCUGUGCCAACCUCUGUAGGCCGCGAGACGAUAGUUUCGGUCAUUACACCUGUUCACCAGUGGGAGGCCGAGUGUGUCUCGACGGCUGGCAAGGAGACUACUGCACUAAACCGAAAUGCCUUCCUGGGUGUGAUGAACAACAUGGACACUGCUCACAACCCAACGAGUGCACAUGCCACAGCGGUUGGAAAGGUCGCCUCUGUGACCAGUGCGAGCGCUACCCGGGUUGCCUGCACGGCUCCUGCCAGAAGCCGUGGGAGUGCCUGUGCGACGAGGGCUGGGGAGGCCUGUUCUGCAACCAGGACCUCAACUACUGCACCAACCACAAGCCCUGUCGCAACAACGGCACCUGCUUCAACACCGGCCAGGGCUCCUACACUUGCAGCUGUCCACCUGGCUUCUCCGGCACCGACUGCGAGCGAGAGGUCGACGACUGUGCGCACCAUCCUUGUCUCAACGGUGGCACCUGCAAGGACAAUGGCACGAGCUACAUCUGCGAAUGUCCGAAGCACUGGCAUGGCCUGCACUGUGAGAACUCGGCGCAGACGUGCGGCGAUCUGCCGUGCCGCAAUGGAGGUACGUGCGAAGACACCGAACACGGCUACACGUGCACGUGUCCCGCGGGCUACGCGGGAAUUGACUGCGCCCACCAGAUCGACGAGUGCUCGCCCAACCCGUGCCGCAACGGCGGCUCCUGUGUCGACAAGAUCGGUGGCUACGAGUGCCACUGCCCCGUCGGCUUCCAAGGCCCGGACUGCGAGACCAACAUCGACGACUGUGUUGACUCGCCUUGUCUCAACGGUGGCACCUGCAUCGACAUGGUCAACCAAUUCCGCUGUCAAUGUAUCCCCGGCUACGUUGGCAACCUCUGUCAGAGCAAAGUCAACUACUGUCUGGCCAAACCCUGCGCCAACGGUGGAUCUUGUCUGGACUUGGUCAACGACUACAAAUGCUCCUGCCGUGCCGGAUUCACAGGCAAGGACUGCAGUGUGGACAUCGACGAGUGUGCAUCCAACCCUUGUGCGAAUGGUGGCAAGUGUGUGAACAGGGUCAAUGGCUACCGGUGUGACUGUGCACAUGGUUGGCGGGGCAAGAACUGUCGAGAAGAAGAGUCUGGGAGUGUUGGCAACAUAUCAAGACAUGUGUCCCACCAGAAAGCAGACUCAGGGUUGACCACAGAACACGUGAUAGUGAUUGCAACCCUAUCAACAGCUGUUCCCAUCCUGGUGCUGGUUGCUGCAGUGGUGGUUGUCUGCAUGAAGCAAAGGCGGAAACGUGAGCAGCAGAGGGCAGAUGAUGAGGCCAGGAUGCAGAACGAGCAGAACGCAGUACACAGCAGUGUGUCGAAACGUGGCGAUGCCCACAUGAUCAAGAACACAUGGGAACCUUGUGUGAAGGAUGGCAGUGGAGAACUUGGGUACACUGCCAAGCAAUGCGUGACUCCCACUCCUACACCCAACACAACGGGGCCUGGUGAGGGGGCACCGCCUGCGCCUGUCUACUCGCUGCACAGGAGCAGGUCUCAGAAGCAGCUCAACACAGACAUUUCCGUGCAGAGGACAACACGCGCCUCCUGCAAGGACCUCGACAGGACACCUGACAAGAGGAUAUCAGUCCUGUCGGUUGACUCGUCGCUUUGUAACACAAGUGACACAUCACUACUGAAGCGAUCAACGACGCAGGACAAAGACUCAACGUCAGCGUCGGCGUCGGCGUCGUCCAGUGUCUACGUCAUAGACGAACACUACAACCAGAGGCCGGCACUCGCGCACGCGCACUCACACACAGACACCCUUCUAGCCACAGAAGUCUAGUACGUAUUGCGUCGACGCUAAAAAGCAUCUGAAUCUAGUUUUCUCAUCGAUAGACAUUCUCUCGACGACAAUAGACAUUAUUGUCCAAGUGUGAUAAUUAUUAACAAUUCGUUCUCAUCUGUAUUAUAUAUAUAUAAAUAUUAUAUAUAAAAAUAAAUUGAAGAUAACUAUAGGUAGACCUAAUAAUAAUUCGAUUAUUAUGUUAUUAUUGUGUAAAAUUAUUGUGAUCCAUUUUCAUAAAGUGGAAGAAAAACUAAGUCAUUCACAAACUCAUUGUUAUUAUAAUAUAUUAUGGAUAAAAAUCAUCUGAAUUUAUUAUUAUUGUUAUGAUUAUUAAUAUGAUACUCAAGAUGGUGAUGAUUGUAAUAACGAUACUAAUAAUCAUAAUAAUUUAAAGAACGGACAUUCUAUGGCCAAUUAAUAUUGUUCUAUUUUUAAAAUUUAAGUUUUGGCCAAUGACUGAUACAUAGAAAAACAAGCUUAUAAGCUGUUCAUGUCUAAAAUAACUAUUAUUUUUGUAAAAGUAAUAUUAUUUCCUUUAUUCGUGGAAGACGGUUUUUUCAAUAAUUUUUAUUUUGUUUGAUUGCUGUUUGAUAUAGCAAAUGGGGUAGGAGAAAUUUAAUGUAAAAUUCGUAAAUUUUGAAAAUGAAUAAAAAUAUGAGUCGACCUUGACAAAAAUUGACGUCACUUCUCAUAGUUGGGUAGGGUUUUUGUUUUUCACAAUGGUAAAUGUAAUGAUAAUUAUAAUAGUAAUGAAUUGAUAAAUAAUUAUUAUGAUGAAAUGUUCCUGUUAUUAUUGCUAAGUCAUUGGAGGGCCUUGAAAAAUGUGUAUGAUGAGCAGUUGAAAGUUUCCGUCCCUAAAGAACUGUGUUACAUCCAUGCACUGUUCAGGACCCUCAAAUUGUUGUCAUUUUGUACUUACAGUGUUAAUUCGACUAGUUUAAUAAUUGAAUAGUUUUUUGUAAAGACUUGAUGAAAACUUAUAGUUUUUGUAUAAAAUUGUAUAUUUGGAUAUAAAUGUUCUCAUCUGUAACAUAACAGUACUUAUGUAAAUAAUGUGAAUAAUAAUAAUUGUGAAUUGUGUAGUAACUAUUGUAACGUAAUUGAAUUGAUAUUAUCUAUAGUCACAAUGAGACAAGAACUGUUACGAGGUUGUUCCUUUCUUUCAUAAAAAAUACUCAAUCGAUUUCAAUCUUUUGCAAAAAAGUUGUGAUCACAUCAGACAUCACUAAAAGGAAUUGAGUAGCUAAGAAAUAUAGUUUACCAUAAAAAGAAAGUCUGAAGUUGAAAUAAAGUAUCAAUUUUCAGGGAACAAAAAAAUGUUUAGUGGAUAAUUGAGUACGUUUUGGUUCGAAACUUAUAAGAAAAUUAUAUAUAUAUAAUAUUAUCUGUGUUGACAUCAAGUUUUAUAUCUAAGGAGACUGUCAUUAAUUUAAAAUAUCGUUAACCAAUGUUCAUUACAUAAAGAACAGUUGAGCCUUAAGGGAAAAAAUAAUCUAGCUUGCCGGAGUAUAAAAAUUGUAAUUUUCAAUGUAAAACUUGGUAUUAUAUUAUUAUCAUUCAAGAUGGACAAAUAAAUCUCUACAACACAGGUAAUUUAUCUAAUUGUUUUUGUUCAAAGACAUAAAUUUGGUAUUAUGUUUGUAUAUUGUUUUGUGAUUCUUAAUGUUUGACGAAAUACUUUGGAGAAAUAUUUAUUGUUGUAAACAUUAAUUUUGUUGGUUGUUUUACUUCAUAGAAAUAUAUGAAAUUAUUACAUUAAAGAAACUGAAACUCCCAAAGAAGGAUUAUGAACACAAGCUGUUUGAUAAAUUAAUAUAUAGAAGAAAAGCUAUUAUUGAAAUUCGUUUGUUUUAGAAAAUGUACUUUCAAUCAAUCAAUUCUUGCUUCAUAUUCAUUUGAAAGCUGGCAACUGGAACUAAUUCUCAGAGAUCGCAUGUAAAAUGACAAUAAUGAAAAGACUCUCAAGUAGAUAACAACAAGCUCAUAUAGCGAACAAAUAUUUAUAUAUUUUUUAAUCUGAGGAGACUAGACUGUUAAUCUGUAUCUCAAAUUCAGUGUUCAAAACUUCUCAUGAACCAUUAAGUUGGUUCAUGACAACUCUUGAAACUCAAGAGAUUGUGAACUCCACAAUAGAUUUUCAGUUUACUUUCUCUCGGAUGAAGCGGCUAGAAUUGAUGAAUAUUUCAAAUCUUAUUAAGAUAAUCAUCAAAAGGCUAUAUUCUUAUUCUAAUAAAUAUGCUAUCGGGAACAUUUGAAAGACUUCAAACACUUCUUUCAUUAUUAAUUUUUGAGUUUGUAAUCUCCAGCUUGGAAUAAACCAAUAAGGUUGACUAUGUUCAAAAUAAUUUGUCAUAGCAAUGCGAAGCAUUGAACGAAUUAUGAAUGAGACAUCCAGAAAUAUUCAUCUUGUUCACUGUUUCACAUGUUUUCAACCUUUUGCAAUGAAGAAUACAAACUCGAACUGUGAUUGAUUUUCUUCAGAUGUUCCCUCAAUUUUGUGGUUGAUGAGAUUGGCUCAAGUUUUUCCACAGGCCCUAGGCCCAACGAUAUUGAACUGCUUGUACAUAUUCCAAUGAGAGUUGUAUUUUCUUCAUUGUCAAUGUUUUUCUAUUUGUAGACUUAAAGACUGAUGUAAAAAAUUGAAUUAUGAAUUCUUUGAUAAUUAUUAGUUUUACAUGUACCGACAUACUUCCAAUAUCCUACUUGUAUUCAAUGUUAAUAGAUUUCAGAAUUAAAAAUUCGCCGAAACUUUGUGUAUUGAUAGUUGAGCUUCUUUACUCGUUAAAUUUUCUGUUUUUAUAAUGAGCCAUAUAUUGUAGCCUAUAUGUGUAUCGAAUGAACAGCUUGCUGAUUUUAAAUGUUAUUGCCAAUUUUGAUACAGUUUUAGAUACAAUCCAUUUUUGAUACAGUUUUAUAUACAAUCAAUUAAGGCAAUUACUCUGAAUCAUAAAUCCUCAAAAUAGCUGAAGCAUGAACAUUUUAUUGGGUAUCCUUCGCAUGAUCGUUAUUAAAAAUAACUUUUAUACAAUUAUUUCAUAUUAUCAAUUUUUAGUUGCUAUAAUUUCUAUAAAUGAAUAUAUAAUUGUAGCUCAUACUUUUCAAAUUGUUUUUGCUCAGCAAGAGGUUCAUCAUCGAUAUUUAUUGUGAAAAUUAAUGAGUAAAAAGACUCGAUACUAUUUUGUGUUCUGUAUAAUGUUGCUUAAAAUGUUGACUUGUUGGUGAUUAUUAUUAUUUAUAUUGAUCUGUAAAAAUGUAUAAAGCAAGUAAAAUAUUGUAUUUAAUAAGAAUUGAAUAAACCUUUUCAUUGAAAGUA